UCGUUCAAGUCAAACCAACGAUGGAAGGGCUUGCAGCAACUACUAAAACGAGUUUGUGUGACGGAACAAUGAAAUUUAUAUGUGCAAAAUUACAUUUUUGGUCGAUCGCAGAACAGAAGAAGGCGGCCAAUCAAGCUGAUAAUCUUGACAAGAAAGAGUCAAAUGGAGUUCCUGUCAUCUCCGAUUCUGCGGACAGCACAGGAGCCGAAAUCCAGUCAAAUCCUCCACUUACAUAUCCCAAUUGUGAUUUGAAUAUUUGGUUGAGGACCUGUCAAACGGAAAUUAUCACACCACUCGAAGGCGUUUCCACCGGAGCUAUUCCUACUUGGAUCAAUGGCAGUUUGUACAGAAACGGACCUGGAAAACAAAAUUUUGGCCAUCAAACCGUCAAUCACCUUUUUGACGCUUCUGGUCUAUUGCAUCUGUUUAAAGUCCGGGAUGGACGCGUAACAUACCAGACGCGCUAUGUCAACUCUACGUCUUACGUACAAAACACUGCUGCACAGAAGUUGUUAGUCCCCGAAUUUACAACUCCCGCGGCUCCCGAUCCCUGUAAAACAAUAUUCCACAGGAUUAGCUCGCUAUUCGUUUUGGAUCAAGUGGUUUCGGAUAACGCAAUGAUUAGUGUUUACCCAUUGGGGGACGAACUAUACGCUUUCGCUGAAACGCCUUUUAUUCACCGAAUUGACCCUAUAACUCUUGAAACUACAGGGCGUGAAAACCUUCACGACAGGAUGAAAGUCAUUAAUCAAUCGUCUCAUCCGCAUUUUACAAAGAACGGGGAAGCUUUCCAGCUUGGCCAGAAAAUUGGAUCAAAGGGGCCUAACUAUGCCAUCAUCCAUUAUCCACCAGUCGCAGACAACGAGAAAGGGAUUUUGAAUGCUGUCGAAAGGGCACGCAUUGUUGCAACUAUUCCGUGCCGUUCAGCUAAAGAGCCAAGUUACAUGCACAGUUUCUCCAUCACGAGUUCCUACUUUAUUCUGAUCGAACAGCCAUUGACCGUCUCUUUUAAGACGAUUUUGGGUAGUUUACUGAAAGGGAAACCAAUCGUUCACGCAUUAAAAUGGCGACCGGAGAAGAAAACGAGAAUUCGCGUAAUAUCUCGCACAACUGGAAUGGAAAUACAGACGCAGUACGUGACGGAAGCUUUUUUCUUUCUACAUACAGUCAAUGCCUUCGAAGCCGACAAUCACCUCAUUAUUGACAUUUGCUGUUAUGCAAACGCCGAAAUGUUGGAUUGUAUGUACAUCGAAGCCUUGAAGAACGCCCAAAGUGACCCAAACUACGCUUCAAUGUUCAGAGGCAGACCGAAACGGUUUGUUCUGCCGCUGAGCCCAAAACAAGGAAUCAAAGGGAAUUUGAAUACGUACGCAGAUUCAUUGUCGGAAGCUCACUGGAUCAAUGACGAUUCGGCAGUGUACGUUCAGUCAGACGAACUUUGCUCCUUGGGAUGCGAAACACCCACCAUCAACUACAAUGUUUAUAAUGGAAAAUCAUAUCGUUACUUUUACGCUAUUUCAUCCGACGUCGAUGCGGAUAAUCCAGGCACUCUGAUCAAAGUGGAUACCAUUGAGAAGAAAUGUCGGACUUGGGCGGAACCUAACGUUUACGCUUCGGAGCCCAUAUUUAUCCCACAUCCUGAAGCUAAGGCGGAAGACGAUGGAGUUCUUUUGUCGUCACUGAUAUGGGGCGGGAAUAACGAAAAUCGUACAGGUCUUCUAGUGCUCGACGCAGCUACGUUCACUGAAAUGGGGCGAACGGAAUUUCAGGCUCCUAGCCCUGUUCCAAAAUGUCUUCAUGGUUAUUUCGCAGCCACAAAAUGAGUCCAAAUUUCCAUCACUAUUGACAGCAGACAGCCAUUUUGAUCGAAAUGGCUAUGCUCAUUCUAUUUUAGUUUUAAUUCUGAAGCCGACAUCCUUUAUCGCGAUUUUUUAAAGCAAACUUGUUUCAAUUUUAGUGCCAUUGCAUUGCCAGAGCACGAUAGUUAGU